CGACGCGACCGUCCUUUUUUUCUUUCUUCGCUCCACACGCUUUCACCCUCUCUCUCGCUCUCGGCCUCACUUCCGUGGCGGCGACGGCGGGGCGGGGCGAGCGACGCCGCCCUCGUCCAGGUUCUCGUCGGGCGCCUCGCCGGGGACGAGCAUCCGACAGGGAUGGCCGGAAAAGGAAGCUAUGUUCCUCCGCAGUAUAUUCCUUUAUAUGGCCUAGACACUGAAGAGGAUCGUGUUCCUGCUGUGGAAGAGAACCAAGCUGCACGCCAUAAUAAGCUAAACCGAGAUCUAACGCAGUGGUCUUCUGGCAUUUGUGCUUGUUUUGAUGAUCCACAGAGCUGUAUGCCACUCUCUGACCUGUGACCUCUUGAUUUACAGAAGAAAAAUAGAAAAAGGUUGUAUUGGUGCAACUUGCCCCUGUUUCCUUUUUGGAAAGAAUGCACAAUUCUUGGGAUCUGGAACUCUUGCUGGAUCAUGCACUAUGCAUUGCAUACUUUGGGGCCUUCUUACAAGUCUCUGCUGUGUAUUUACUGGAGGCCUUGUAUUAGCAGUUCCCGGUUCUGCUGUUGCUUGCUAUGCUUGUGGAUAUCGCAGUGCACUAAGAACAAAGUACAAUCUUCCGGAAGCACCCUGUGGUGAUUUGACGACACAUUUGUUCUGCCACCUGUGCGCCAUAUGCCAGGAGUACAGGGAGAUCCGGGAGAGAACAGGCAGUAGCUCCUCUUCAGCUCCUAACGUAACUCCACCUCCAGUUCAGACAAUGGACGACCAAUUUUGAUAUGAUUGAUUGUAUGAAUGUAUCCUCUCAAUCUGACAAAUCAUUGGUGAGUGGAUGUGACCUGUGCUGACUUUGCCUGCCAGCGUGACACAUUUUUGUUCUUGUGCUCCCAAAGGGUUUCCAUGAGGUUUGGUUUCAAAGUUGUUGUAAAGGUAACUGUUUAAGUAGUGAACCGCUGACAGUUCCCAAAAGUUGUAAACGAAGCUGUAUCACGGGACUGUAGCAGAAGAGUUAAGUGUAACAUUUUUUCCAUAUGUAUUGGCGGGAGGUUGAGAAGGGAAUAUAUGGUUGUCUUGUAGAAUGUUCUUUUGUAUUUGCCGUUUGCAAGUGUAUUAUUGUUAUCAAACUUUCAAA